CAAAGAUGCUGAGCUUUUUCCGCCGUACACUGGGACGCCGGUCCAUGCGUAAACAUGCAGAGAAGGAAAGGCUGAGAGAGGCCCAAAGGGCUGCAACCCACAUCCCUGCAGCUGGGGACGCCAAAUCCAUCAUUACCUGCCGAGUGGCGCUGCUGGACGGCACAGAUGUCAGCGUGGACUUACCGAAAAAAGCCAAAGGCCAGCUGCUGUUUGAACAGAUCAUGUAUCAUCUGGACCUUAUAGAAAGCGACUACUUUGGAUUAAGGUUCAUGGAUUCAGCACAAGUGGCACAUUGGCUGGACAACACAAAAAGCAUUAAAAAGCAAGUUAAAAUUGGCCCCCCAUAUUGUCUGCAUUUUCGUGUAAAGUUUUACUCAUCAGAGCCCAACAAUCUACGUGAAGAGCUAACAAGGUAUUUAUUUGUUCUGCAGCUGAAACUGGAUAUUCUUAGUGGAAAAUUGGAAUGUCCUUUUGACACUGCCGUCCAGCUGGCAGCUUACAACAUGCAAGCUGAACUUGGAGACUAUGAUCCUGCUGAACAUGUCCCUGAGCUGGUGUCUGAGUUUCGGUUUGUUCCCACCCAGACUGAAGAGAUGGAAUUGGCUGUUUUUGAGAAGUGGAAGGAAUGCAGGGGGCAAACACCAGCACAGGCUGAAACUAACUACUUAAACAAAGCUAAGUGGCUGGAAAUGUAUGGUGUGGACAUGCACAUAGUCAAGGCAAGAGAUGGCAAUGAUUACAGCCUGGGACUAACACCUACAGGAGUUCUUGUCUUUGAAGGAGACACAAAGAUUGGUUUGUUUUUCUGGCCAAAGAUAACAAGACUUGACUUCAAGAAGAACAAACUCACUCUAGUUGUUGUUGAAGAUGAUGAACAGGGAAAGGAGCAGGAGCACACUUUUGUCUUUAGACUGGAUCAUCCCAAAGCCUGCAAACACCUGUGGAAAUGUGCAGUGGAGCACCACGCCUUCUUCCGGCUCCGAGGGCCUGUCCAGAAAAGCUCCAGUCGCUCUGGCUUCAUUCGCUUGGGAUCUCGCUUCCGAUACAGUGGGAAAACAGAAUAUCAAACCACAAAGACCAACAAAGCCAGGAGAUCAGCAUCCUUUGAAAGAAGGCCCAGCAAGAGAUACUCAAGACGAACACUGCAAAUGAAAGCAUACACUCCUAAACUGGAAGAUACAAGUGCUGCGAACAAUGCUGUUAUCAGCCAAAAUAAUGGAUCGCAAAGCUGGAAUGCAAAGCCAAACCUACCUGUCCUAACAGUGGUUCCUUCUGCACCAAUCUUAGUGGAAAUAGAAAACCUCCCAAGGAGCCCAGGAACCAGCCAGCAAGAUAAGAAGUGCAUACCUCUUGUUGAUUUGCUAGACAGCACAGAGUUGCCAGAAACUUGUGUGGAUGAUGCUGUGAGUCGUCCAGUUGUUGGCUUGGCAACAGGAGAUUCAGAAGAGACUGUUAGUUGCCCUCCUCCUGGCAUGAAGGAAACUGCUGCAGAAAAAGCAGACUCUGAUACAUUUGAAGACACAUUCCUAAAACUGAAACAGCUGGAGACAGAGUGCAGCAGCCCCAUGCUGACUGAGCAUCCUAACGUAAACCUAAACAUACAGGAUGAAGUGGUGAAGUUGACAGAUAAAUGUCUUAACAACGCAAUCGAGAGCCCAAUCGUACCAGCAAAGUGGCUUCCAGCAGAUCUCAAAAGCAAUAUUCUGAAGGCCCAGGCAGAAGCAGGGCACAAGGUUGGAAAAGAUGACAGCAUGACAGGCGUAAAGAAUUCCAAUAUUCAGGAGGCUGCUGGCAGAAACAUUGUCCUGUCAGGCAAAUCACAGAGCAGUCCCCCAGCAACCAGACCAGUAUUUCAAGAUCCAAGAGAGCUGCUGAGAGCAAUCCCUGCUUCAAACACCUUUGUUCCUAAGACUUUGAAUGAGGACAAUGCUGACUCUAACCACGAGGACCUGCUAAUUCCAGCUAAUCUGGCUCAAACUGAGGCUGCUGUUUCAAAGAGCACUCCAGAUGACCAGGACGUUUCCUUAACAUCACUGACAGAGAAUCUAAUUGACUUUACAGAAGCCACACCUCGGGUGUCUUCCCAUCCCAUUGUAGCACCGAGGUGGAUAGUGCCAACGGGACUGAUUUCCAACGGGCCUUUGGGAAAUAAUGUUGCCUUAUCUUUGAAGGCAGUGAAAGGCAGCACGGAGACCCUGAUGUCCUCAGCUGCACUGACACCAUGCCAGCAGACACCCGAAGUCCUUGCGAGCCCAGUUACCGAGGAUGCUACAAUAAGAACAAAAUGUUUGCUCACCACUGAACUUUAG